UCCACUUUUUUCCCUCUUUAUAUUCCUUUCCUUCCUUCUCUUUUUUCUAAAACUUACAACUCUUCACUUGCUCCCUCCUGCUUCCUUCUUGGCAAUUGAUUUGAAUACACAAUUUCCUUUAUCUUCUACUUUCUUGUUUUUUUCCUACCCUUUUGUCACCAUUUAUAUAGUUCUUACUCAUCUCAAAUAAUACCUAUUUAAUUUGUCAUCAUCUUUUUUGUAAGUUGAAGAUUCCAAAAUGGAAAAAGUUAAAGCUUUGGAGAAAAAGAAACUGAUCACUGAGCUAACACAAGGGAGGGAGUUUGUUAAUCAGCUGAAAAAACAGAUUGGUCCUUUGGCUUCUCCUGAAGAAUGUGAUUUACUACUUGGGAAAAUACUAUCUUCACUUGAAAAAUCUUUGUCAAUUCUGAAUUUGAAGGCACUACUUUUUGAAGGUGGAAAUGCUAAUUCGACAUCUUCAUGUUCAUCAAUUUCAUUUCUUGGUAAUAAUAAUAGUCCAAAGAGUGAGGUUUUGGAUUCUUCAAAGGAUCAAUUGGUUGGCCAAAAUGUGUUCAGCAAGAAGAGAAAGACACCAGAACAAUGGAGUAAACAAGUUAGCAUUUCUGGAACAGGACUUGAAAGUCAACAUGAUGAUGGAUAUAGUUGGAGAAAAUAUGGCCAGAAAGAUAUUUUAGGGUCUAUUCAUCCAAGGGCUUAUUAUAGGUGCACUCACAGGAAUACACAGGGCUGCUUGGCAACAAAACAAGUCCAAAGAUCAGUUGGAAACUCAUCAACUUUUGAGGUCACAUAUAAAGGAAGGCACAGUUGCAAAAUUGCACAAUCAGAAAUAUUUUCACUUGUAACCCAAAAACGUCAGAAACACAACAAAAAACAAGAAUUGGGUUAUCAAAGACAAGAACAAGAGAUGGUAAUAUUCAACUCUGGACCAAACCAUAAAGUUGAAAACUUUAGCCUCACAAAAGAAGAAGUUUUCACUCCCUUUUCAUUCCCUCCUACCCCACUGAAUCUCGAAAAUAUUGAAGAAACCCAAUUCUUUUCCAAUUCCAUGGUACCAUUUUCACCUCCAAUUACCUCAGAAUUGUCCUCCUAUUUGUCACUGUUGACAAAUCAAAUUGAGGAAUUUGCAAUGGACAACAUUCUACAGAGCUCAGAGUCAGAUGUUACUGAAUUAAUCUCGACCCCAACUUCAAUAUCUAAUUCCCCAUUUGAUGGAGAUUGGGAUUUGUCUGUGGGAUUUGAACCUAGUGUUACAUUUGACAUUGAAGAAUUUUUCAAAUAAUUAGACAUUAGAUAAGUACCCCUUGCAAGUUUGUAAUAACAGCAAGCAGGUGUUGUGCAAUUAUUAUACUUAUUAUUUUUUAGCCUAAUUGAUCCUAGCUAAAUUCAAUUGACUGAUGUUUAGAGAAAUGGUUAGUAUUUCCUCUCGAAAUGUUGUAGAUGAAUUCAUGUUUGUGAUUAUGUGGGCAGUUGAAAUUUUAGUUAUGCAUUAGCACCAUUUUGUUUUCUGUUAUUAACUUUGAUAUUAAAUAAAAUUCCUUUCUUAAA